UUUCUUUUUUGGAAAAUAUAAAAAAUAAAUAAAUUAAUCAGGCGAAGAACAAUCAGAUUUAGUUUUGUUUCUCAGCGAGCGUAUAUAUAAUAUAUAUAUACACACACACAUAUAUGAGCGUCGUCUCAUUCUGCUCAAACAUCCGUGACCUUGCCAAGGGGUAGGGAGAGUGGUGGGGUAGAUCAAAGAUCUCGAGGGAAGGAUUUGUACUUGUUUGGAUUCAUGGAACUGGAGAGGAAGAGUUGGAGAGUAACGGAGAGUCUGAGAAUAUGAAGUUCUACAUUUCGACUACGGGGAUAAAGAAGGUAACGAUUUCGAACUCCGGCAUCGGAGCUGGGAAAGGAUCGGCGACGAAUCGUCGGAUUUUUAGUCGGACUCUUUGGCCGGUGGUGCUUGUGCUUGGUAUUUUGUUGCCAUUUCUUUUUGUUAGGAUUGCGAUUUUGGUCCAUGAAUCUGCCUCUAAUUGCGAUUCUCCUCUCGACUGUAUAGGAUGGAGAUUUUUCAGUGGCGCUGGCGCAUCUGUGAAACUCAGAGAGGAACUGACAAGAGCGCUAGUGGAAGCAAAUGAUGGAAACAGUAAUGGAGGAGGAAUGGAGGGUUCUUUAGAGUCAUUCGACGAACUUGUCAAAGAGAUGACAUCAAAACGACAAGAUAUCAAGGUCUUUGCUUUCAAGACUAAGGCCAUGCUAUCAAGGAUGGAGCACAAGGUCCAGUCAGCCAGAAAACACGAGUUGAUUUAUUGGCAUUUAGCCUCUCAUGGUAUUCCGAAGGGCCUACAUUGCCUUUGUCUGAAACUGGCUGAAGAGUAUGCUGUAAAUGCCAUGGCUCGAUCUCGUUUACCUCCACCAGAAUAUGUUUCUCGGCUUGCUGACCCAUCAUUUCAACAUGUUGUUCUCCUAACUGAUAAUGUUCUUGCUGCCUCUGUUGUCAUCUCGUCUACUGUACAACAUGCAGCCAAGCCAGAGAAAUUGGUGUUUCACAUUGUCACUGACAAGAAAACUUACACUCCAAUGCAUGCAUGGUUUGCAAUAAACUCUAUUCCAUCAGCAGUGGUGGAAGUUAAGGGAUUGCAUCAAUAUGAUUGGUCUCAGGGUGUGAACAAUGAAGUCAAAGAGAUGCUUGAGUUUCAUCGUUUGACUUGGAGCCAUCACUAUAACAAUUUGAAAGAAGAAGACUUUGAAUAUGGAGAGCAUAAAAAAUGUUUAGAAGCCUUGAGCCCCAGCAGCCUCUCCAUCAUGAAUCAUCUUCGUAUUUACAUUCAUGAGCUGUUCCCAGAUCUCAGCAAAAUAGUCUUCUUGGAUGACGAUGUAGUGGUACAACAUGACAUAUCUUAUUUAUGGGAAUUGGAUCUCAAUGGUAGAGCUGUUGGUGCAGUUGUUGAUUCGUUUUGCGGGCAGAACUGUUGCCCAGGGAGAAAAUAUGAGGACUACUUGAAUUUUUCACAUCCAAUAAUUUCAUCAAACUUUGAUCGUGACCGCUGUGCUUGGCUUUAUGGGAUGAAUGUGUUUGAUCUUGAAGCUUGGAGGAGGAUAAACAUCACAGCAACUUACCAUAAAUGGUUGAAGCUUAGUCUUAACUCUGGAUUGCAAUUAUGGAAACCCGGGGUGCUUCCACCAGCUUUACUUGCUUUUGAGGGUCAAGUUCAUACCCUGGAUCCUCAAUGGCAUGUGGCUGGGUUAGGUUGUCGAUCCCCAGAAGUAGACAAGAAAACUUUGGAAGGUGCUGCAGUUUUACAUUUCAGUGGCCCUGCAAAGCCAUGGCUGGAGAUUAGUUUCCCAGAGGUACGAAGCUUAUGGAGCCGACACGUAAAUUUGUCAAACAAGUUUAUUAGGAAAUGUAGAAUCGUUGGGUGAAGCGAGCGAAGCUCUCUCUUACCUUCUACAUAUUACUACGUUUUCGGAAUCAUCAGAAAAUUGGUACGGUAAGAGACCAGAGAGAAGAAGGUUUUGCCUUCAGUCUCUACUCUUACUUUGCUUGGCAUAAUAUCGAUUUGUUUCUUCCGUGUCCAUAAUAGAAAAUAGUAUGAAGUUACCACGCAGUAGACGUUAAUCAUGGAUGUAGGUCUUCAACAAAUUGUAAAUUACACGUUUAGUCAAGGAAUUGAAAUUACAAGUUGAAUCGGCAGUGGUUAUGAAAA